AUGUUUUUACGAUUCAAUCGAUUGAACCGUUGUUUGAAUGCAUUAUCCGUUCAGUCGAUCACUACUUCAGCGCAUUGUCGCAGAUGUGACACCACUUCCCAUCACUUCCAGCAAACCAUCGCUCAUCUGAACCAAGAUCUAAAGCCCAGCUCACAGUCCACUGACAGACCAUUCCUGUCCGACAGACUGUUCCGCACAGAAGUCCUUCAAAGCGUCUUCACUUUGUCGCAGAAUGUGGUGAAAGGGAACCGAUCUGUCGAUGAAUUGAUUGAAUCACAAGAUUUGCAACAAUUGUGUCAAACCAUCGAAGAAAACGUGAAUUAUCUUCGAAACCGCGAACUCAUCAAUAGUUUGCACUCUUUUCUGUUGAUGGGAACCGAUCCCAACACCAGUCUUAUUCAGAAUCUGGAGAAUGAGGUCCUCUGGAGAGCAAAGUAUAUGACACUUAAGGAUCUCUUGCAAUGUCUGUCAUAUCACGUGAGAUACCAAACAACUGAACAACAGAUGAAA